GGAGGCAGGCGCACUCUCUUCCCAUCCACCCACUCGUAUUCACAGACCCGGAACUCACUCGCUCUCAUCCUCUAACUCUUCGGUCGCAGAUUAGCAUCACUCUGCUCUCCCUCACAGCCUCCUCCCUCGAUCGAGUUCUGCGAUUGUUCUCCUUCUUCUCCUCUUCUCUCCUCACUCCUCUUCCUCUUCACUACCCCCGUCUCUCUCUCUCUCCCCUCUCUCGAAGACAACUGUUGACCCUGUGUUCGUGAUUAAUCGUAUAAUAUUUUUUCCCACUCCUUGGCUCGUCAUCUUGAAAGAAAUUAAUCGUGUGUCGCAUUCGGCGCGACUCGAACGCCUGAUGAAAUUCGUUGCUGAAGGAAAAUGCAGUGGAAAGCGGUGUAAUUUUGACGUUUGAUUUGUUAUAUUGAAAUUCAGAGACUGGUUCGCGCGCGCGCGUGUGUGGAGGCAUGUGUGCAUUUUUUUUAAACGAUCAUUAGUAAAAGGUUAACGGGGCAGUGAUUGAACAUGCGAGUGAACAGGAAAUAAAAAAUUGAUCCACGAGUGAACGCAAGCACGUGUAAGUGAUAAGACGUUCUUGCAGAGGAAGUGUAAGUAAAUAAUCGUGAGCAAGAGAAAACAAAUAAACGAGAAUAGACAAUGGACGCAGGAAUAGGGAAAAAAUCCACAAUGAGAGAGUGAGAGGUAAUUAACGUUUUUAAAACUAUAAAAGUAUUCACAGCAACUACCUAACAGAAUUUAUUUUCGUCGUGGUGUUAAUAUUAAAGGAGACGGCAUGGUAGAGCCUGCUGGAGCCAUGGCCAUGUUCGUGCUGCGGCUGGCGGGGCUGCUGUCCCUCGAGAACGCCCUCCAGAACAAGGAAGCCAACCUCACCGACGCGGCCUUCAACGUGAGCGCGCUGCCGUUCGGGGAGGACUUGGCUCAGGCCAAUUUCACGUGGCCGGCGCCCUUGAACGACUCGGAGUUCGCGGGGCCUCCGAGUGCGGCCGUUUCGACCACACCGAUACCGCCCACUGAACCCUACGUUACCACUCGCUCCACUGCCACUACGACCGCUGCCACCACUACGACUACCACUACGACAACCUCCGCCACCACAACAACGCCGGAAAGCUUCACAACCACCGAAUCUGCGAGGAGAGUUUUAUCGACACCUAACUUUGUCAGCGAGUCGUCAACCGAAAGAAAAAGUUGGGACGAGGAACAUGUGAUGAGCACGACAGCGCUCGCGAACGGCAGGGCGGCCCACCCUCCCUCCAAUGAUGCGGAGGCAAAAACGGACGACCAAGGAGACCUGCGGGACGACGCGGCGGCCGUCCCUUUGGAUCAGCUGCCGAGGGCGAGUCCCCUGUCGGACGUGCGACCCGAGGGAGAGUUAAACGCCACGCUGCAACAUAAAGUGGAAGGCGAAGAGGGAGAAGAGGGACUCGAGGGAGGAGAGACUGAAGAUUCCUACCAAGCGACAGACAACGUUGGCGCGGCGACUGCAGACGCAGGUGACGUCGGAGAUGACCCUCCUACACUCACUCCUCCGCCCGCAUCGCCCGCACUCCCAUCGAGCUCACCUGGGAAGGGCGCUCCUCACCUCGAGGCGCUUGCGGAGGACGAUGCUCUCCUGGGCAUCAUAGACCCCACCGAAUUCGCAGGCCUCGAGGCCCCGCCCGAGGACUUCAUACCCAACGACUUCGAGUACUACGACUUCGGGCAGCAGAACCCGGACGCGAUAGUGAAGCCGACCCUGUCGUCCAUGAACCUCGUGAGCCCCGUCCCCGUGGGAGGGGGCGGCCCGAGGCCAAACCCCGCCCUCGAGUGGGACGAGCUCGACACGGACAGCGACCUGCCCCUCAGGUCAAAGGUUUCCCCGCCGCGACCUGUGCCCCCGAUCUAUCCGCGCAACCACGAGGGUCGAAACAACCCUUACCCUUACGGCCCUCGGCUCCUCCCAGGGCCCUACGCCCCCCUCACCCCGAACGUCCCCCGGGUCAUCGACGACCGCGAUGAGGACCUCUACCACAGGUCCAUGGAGUACGAGUACGAGGAGUUCGAGUACUACUACGAUUCCGACGAGGAGUCGAAGUACGAGGUGCAGACGAAGGAGCCGCCGGUGCUCUUCGUGUUCGACAAGCCCGGGUACUCCCCCGAGGCGCCCACCACCGUCCUGCCGCCAUCACGAGCGCCGACCCCGAGUGACCCCUGGGACUGCGCUCCACGAUGCCCCAAAUACACGCUCCUCGACUGGAACACAGAUUACGACGUGCGCCAUUAUCCGGAGACGUCGUGGGUCAGCACGGUCAUUAUAUCCGACAACCGCGUGUUGGCCGAACUCGAGGGGUACAUGAGAGUACAGGAUUACUUCUACGGAUUAAAUGAUCACGGCUUGGUGCUGAACCUGACGAUCCCCUUCGUGACGCAGAUCAAGUUCGGCAAGCACCCAGGAGUCCUCGAGGAGACCAACGAUUAUACUGUGUCGUUGUAUGUGCAGCCGGCCUACUACCUGCAUGAUGAAAGACCCCCCACGCCGAUUAGUAAUGAGGUCCUGGUGGACGAGUUGGAGCCGAAGACCGUGUUCGUGCACAACUUCGAAGCCAACGUGUGGGACGUGACGGAGGAAUUCCUGGAGGAGAAAGUGAAGACUCUGAUGGCUCAGCUCAGGCACAACGGAGAGGCUUUCCUCGAUCGCUACUACUACCUCGCCUCCUACAGCAGGCCAGAGUUGUAUCAGCCUGUUUAUUACGAGAUCUGGGUCUACGCCACCAACUUCCGCGAUCCUCAGACCACUAUGAAGACCCUGAGCAGACGCAGGUCAUCGCAGGUCAACAAAAUCACACAGAAGACCCUUAGCAAGCUGUGCAGAGGGGUCGAGUGUCCUAACUUCGAGGUGUUGAGGACCUACAAGUACGGCAUCCAGAAGAGGCGCUACUUCGACGGUCUCUUCGCCUCGACCUCGGCAGGAGAGUGCGAGUUCACCACCAUGAGCGUCUGGAAGGGCUUCAUGCCGCUCCAUCUCUAUAAACACGGAAUCAACUCCCACAUGGAGGUGAUCGAGGCGACGCGGCCCAUAGCGCUGGUGCACGUGAGGGACUCGGGAGAACCUAUGACCGAGUGCCCACAGAACAUGACCAUGUCUCUCUACCUCCCCAAGAGACUUCAUUCAAAUCCCCCGAUCACUGGAUACGCUGCCCCCAGCGUGCGGAUCACAGCCCUCAAUGAUGUGAUCGUCUACGCGUAUACUGUGGGCGGCUACCUGCUUGACCCGCUACGCGUCCGCAGAGAACUCGCGGAUAUGAAGUACAGGCUCUCGGAGUUCGGCGAGUGUUACAAGGACGAUGAAUACUACGUGGUCAUUUAUGAUUUCAUCGUGAGAUACCACGGGAGACAGAACGAGAUCUGGAUCGUCGCCGAGAACUGCAAGGCGACGCACAACGGCUGAGCGAGAGAGGCGAAGGAGGACGCAGGUCGAGAACAGCGCAUCAUAAGGGGUGGUGGUUGUGUGUGGCAGCUUCCUCAAAACUUAAUAUGUGUAAUUUUUACGCCGGAACUUUGUAGUAGUUUCGGUUGCACGUGUGAGUUUGGGUUUAUAAAAUCUUUUUUUUUUUCAUUUUGUCAGCCCUUCUUUAAGCAGUUAUAUUUGUAAAACACCAUAAUUCCAGUAUUCCCGAAAUCAAUGUUUAUGUCCUGCAGGGAUCGUGUAUAUAACGCGACGCUUACACUGUACUUUUACAUAUGUUAUAACAAUGUGAUUUAAAACAACAGUGCAGCUUCUGAGGUAAUUAAUGGUCAGUUUACGUAUUUUUAAAAAGUUAAUGAAAUAAGAAUUAAUUUGCACAAGUUCUUCUAAUUUUUUAUGACUGUAUCGGCGCUCUAUCUUUCCACUGUAUACACAUCGACAUACAAGCGUACUUAUACAGAGACACAUUUAAAAACAGUCAGGUAAUUAGUAGGUCAGUGUUUAACAUCGUCCAUAACAGAAACAGAAAUAUAUGUUAACUGUUUGCUUCUGAGACUGGUAUGAAGUUAGGUUUACGUCUAAAAUGUAAAAUAAAAAAAAUAAUCCCCUAGCGUAUUCACCUUAUCAGUAUUAAGCUUACUUAUUAUGAGUAUUUAUAGACUAGUACCUAAUACUAUACUCACCCUUUUUUAUAUACAGAGACUCUGCGCGAUUUUCUGUUAACAAAGAUUACGUUUGUUCCAAGUACCAAACUUUGUCUUUGUGAAGUCAAGUUCCUCUGACAAGUUGCUGUUUUGGGAUUCACUAAUACGCUUGUUUAGGAUUACGUUUUGUUUUCAAUUUUUCUUUAAGUCAAUAAUUUAUAUACCCGCCUUUAUUAAUUACAUAUGUAGUUUGUUACUAGAUUCUUUUAUACUGCAUAGAUAUUUGACUUAUUGCCUUUUUUUUUAUAUAUUUGUUUAUUCAUUUGGAGGAAACAGUAAAAUGUGUCCUUUAUAUGUUCAAGGAUAAAAUGAUAAUGUAUUUAUAACACACAGAAAUCUGUUACGACAUUUAUCAUAUAUUAUGGUAUUUAUCGUUAAUUAUGAUCAUACUACCAAGUGUAAUAACAAAACAGUUUAAAAGUUCUAAUCUGUAAGUUGUUAUCAUUUUGUAAUGAAAUCCAAAUUGGGUCAAAUAAAAAUAAGAAUAUUUUGA